CUCUCUCACACACACUCACACACAGACUGAGAGAGAGACUGGAGGUAACAGUGCAUUAACAGCUGUGUUUUUUGUUUUUUUUUUACCAGCGCUCAGCUUUAUUUUUAUCCAGGAAACAUUUAUAAACCGGCAUCAAAUCAGAAGCGAGUAAAAAAGCAGAAAAUGGAGGCGUUUAGUUCAGGAAGUGAGAUUAGCUUUAGCUUGUGUUUGAGCUACACAACAUCCUGGAGCACAGAUUCACACUGAGACUUAAACACAGGGAAUUAAUCUCAGUCUGUCAGUCAGGCAUUGAGUCAUUAUUCACACUUCAGUAUCAGGAGAUAAAACGUGUGGUUUGGUCACAUUUUGUUCUUCAGUCAUUCACUUCCGGAUUAGCUGCAGAAGUUUCCCUCAACUGUAGCUCAGCCCGGUGGGAUCAUUAGGUCAUGACGUUGGCACGGUUGAAGUACCUGUCUCUGGGUGUGUUGGUGUUCCAGACGACUUCUCUGGUGCUGACCAUGAGAUACUCGCGCACGCUGCAGGCCGACGGGCCGCGCUACCUCGCUUCCUCCGCCGUGGUGCUGGCCGAGCUGCUCAAGAUCCUCACCUGCAUCUGCCUCGUCUGCAAAGAGCACAGUUUCAGUGUUCGUGCUCUGAGCAGCGUCCUCAGGCAGGAGAUCAUCCAUAAGCCAGUGGAGACGCUGAAGCUCGCCAUUCCCUCAGGAAUCUACACGCUGCAGAACAACCUGCUCUACGUGGCACUUUCUAACCUCGACGCCGCAACAUACCAGGUGACCUACCAGCUGAAGAUCCUCACCACUGCCCUGUUUUCUGUCUCCAUGUUGAGUCGCAAGCUCGGUCUCUAUCAGUGGCUCUCGCUCAUCAUUCUGAUGGCCGGAGUAGCGCUUGUGCAGUGGCCCACGGAUCCUUCAGUUUCCCCCGUGAAGCAGCAGGUCACAACGGGGUCUCCGUUCGUGGGUUUGGUGGCCGUGUUGGUGGCUUGCUGCUCCAGCGGCUUUGCCGGCGUUUACUUUGAGAAAAUCCUCAAAGAGACCAAGCAGAGCGUGUGGGUCCGAAACAUCCAGCUGGGUCUGUUUGGUCUGGUUUUUGGUCUGUUGGGAAUGUUGGUGUAUGAUGGAGAGAGCGUGAAGGAGCAUGGAAUGCUUCAGGGCUACAACUCCAUCACCUGGGCUGUGGUUUCUUUACAGGCAUUAGGAGGUCUGGUCAUAGCUGCUGUUAUUAAAUACGCAGAUAAUAUUCUGAAAGGUUUCGCCACGUCCCUGUCCAUCAUCCUGUCUACGCUUAUUUCCUACUUCUGGCUGCAGGAUUUUGAGCCGACGAGCAUCUUCUUUAUGGGAGCCGUGCUGGUCAUAGUGGCGACGUUUUUGUACGGCUACGAAAACAAACCCGCGUCCAACCCGAGCCGAGCGUGACGUCAAGCUGUGGACACCAGAGUGCUGAAGGAGGUCCAGGAUGGAGCCGAAGAGAUGGAGGUGAACGUGGGAAUGAAUUGAGGAGGCGGAAAGAGAGAGAGGUGGAAGGAUGGAUGGUGGAUGGAGGUGUCCGCAGUGACGCGUUAAUGCAUUAAUUGAGCGAGUGUGCGCAGUCGUGUGAGAGAUCUGAGACGGAGAGCUGUGAUGAGAGACAAACUUCAAGAACAAUCACAGUACAUGAGAAAGAAACCUCAAGCACAAGAUAAACUGUUCCUCUGUACAACAGAACUUGAGUACAUGAGGAAAACACUGGAGUGCCAUUCCGAUCUGAGAGUGUGUGUGGUACUGUGUGUGGGUGCUUGUGUGUGGGUGCUUGUGUGUGGGUGCUUGUGUGAGAGUGCGCUUGUGUGAGAGUGCGCUCGUGUGAGAGUGCGCUCGUGUGAGAGUGCGCGCGUGUGUGAGUGCGCGCGGGUGUGUGCGCGCGUGUGUGAGUGCGCCGCGUGUGUGAGUGCGCCGCGUGUGUGAGUGCGCGCGUGUGUGAGUGCGCGCGUGUGUGAGUGCGCGCGUGUGUGAGUGCGCGCGUGUGUGAGUGCGCGCGUGUGUGAGUGCGCGCGUGUGUGAGUGCGCGCGUGUGUGAGUGCGCGCGUGUGUGAGUGCGCGCGUGUGUGAGUGCGCAUGCGUGCGUGAGUGUGAGUGCGCGAUUGUGAGUGCGUGCAUGUGUGCAUGAGUGAGAGUGUGUGCAUAUGAGUGCGUGCGUGAGAGUGCGUGAGAGUGAGUGCGUGCGUGUGAGAGUGAGGGUGCGUGUGUGUGAGAGUGCGUGAGAGUGAGAGCGCACAUGUGAGUGCGUGCGAGAGUGAGAGUGCGUGCGAGAGUGAGAGUGCGUGCGAGAGUGAGAGUGCGUGCGAGAGUGAGAGUGCGUGCGCGAGUGAGAGUGCGUGCGAGAGUGAGAGUGCGUGCGAGAGUGCGUGCGUGUGUGAGAGAGUGCGAGCAAGGGUGAGUGUACGAUUUUUAGCCAUGUCAUGUACCUAAAUCAGGACUUUCCUGAUAACCGCCAUGUGGAUCAGAGUUUCAAUGCAAACACCAGACACUGAAAAUGCAAUGAAUUUAAUAAUCUGUUCAAACUUGAAGAAAAAUUAAAUCAUUUAAGUAUGGACUGUG